AUGAAGAGGACGCGUGAAUUCGAUCAGCGCAAACAAGUUGCUAUCGUUGGCUCUGGUGCUUGGGGUAGCGCAAUCGCCAGGAUCAUCGGACGGAACUGCCAGCGUUUGGACACCUUUCACUCAACCGUGAAGCAGUGGGUGUUCGAGGAGACGGUCAACGGCCGUAAGCUCACGGACAUCAUCAACCAAGACCACGAGAACCCCAAGUACAUGCCGGGCCAGAAGCUCCCUCACAACGUCGUGGCCGACCCGGACAUCUGCAGCGCGACCAAGGACGCCGACAUCCUCAUCUUCGUACUGCCGCACCAGUUCCUCAACGGGCUGUGCGAGAAGAUCAAGGCGAGCGUGGCGCCCGGCUGCAUCGGCAUCUCACUGAUCAAGGGCGUGCACUUCGACGAGCAGGGUAUGGUCCUGAUCUCGGACAUGAUCAAGGAGGGCAUGGGCGGCAUGGACAUGAGCGUGCUCAUGGGAGCGAACCUUGCGCCGGAGGUGGCGGCGGGGCAGUUCUGCGAGGCGACCAUCGGUUGCCGGGACGAGACGAACGGCACCCUGCUGCAGAGCCUGUUCCACGACCCCAACUUCCACGUGGCGGUAAGGAAGGACGUGCCGGGAGUGGAGAUCUGCGGAGCGCUGAAGAACGUGGUUGCGCUUGGCGCCGGCUUCGUGGACGGCAUGGGUCUUGGCGACAACACCAAGGCGGCGAUCAUCCGCAUCGGGAUGAUGGAGAUGAAGCGCUUCAUCCAGUCGCACUACCCGGAGGUAGAGGACGCGACGUUCUUCGAGUCGUGCGGGGUCGCGGACUUGAUCGUGACCUGCUACGGCGGGAGGAACCGCAAGUGCGCGGAGGCGUUUGUGAAGGCAGGAGGGAAGAAGAGCUUCGACGAGCUCGAGGCGGAGCUGCUCAACGGGCAGAAGAUCCAGGGGACGGGGACGGCGGUGGAGGUUGUGAAGAUCCUGGAGGCGGAGGGGAAGCUGGAGGAGUAUCCGUUGUUCAACAGCAUCCACGGGAUCGCGUUCGAGGGCAAGCCUAUGGAGUCGUUGUUCCUGGACAUCGACAACAUGGGGGAGAUGGUGGAGUCUCUUGCUGGAUGA